AUGUCAUUUGCUCAGCCCGCUACACACACUAUCCAUGAAUUCGAUUCGCGAAAUGCUGCCAUAUCCAGGUCUAAAAAGAAAAGCCAGACGACGCCCUUGGUGUCGCUCAUCUCAGGAGGGAUUGCGGGUGGCAUGGAGGCUACAAUUACGUAUCCCUUUGAGUAUGCCAAGACGAGAGCGCAGCUACAGACAGUAAAGUCAGGCCGCGGUAACCCCAUCUCUAUCAUUGCUCAAGCGGCUCGGGAGAACGGCGUCCGCUCCAUUUACACCGGCUGCUCAACUCUUGUGCUGGGUACUACGUUCAAAGCUGGCGUUCGUUUUCUGUCUUUUGACUACAUCAAGAAUAUGCUGGUGGAUGACAAAGGCUCAUUAUCUGCCACGCGCGGCAUCUUGGCCGGCAUGAUCGCAGGAGCUGUGGAGAGCUUCCUCGCGGUCACGCCUACGGAGCGCAUCAAGACCGCACUCAUUGAUGAUGCCAAGAGCGGCCGUCGACGAUUUCGGGGCGGCAUGCAUGCCCUUUCACUCAUGGUUCGGGAGAAGGGUCUCGGCGAGGUCUACCGCGGCCUCGCCUCGACAACAGUGAAGCAGUCUGCCACCUCUGCCGUCCGCAUGGGCACCUAUAAUAUUCUCAAGGAGCUUUCUAAAAAUCACAACGUCUCCCAGAACACGGCCACCACCUUUGCCUCCGGUGCCGUCGCCGGAGUAGUCACCGUAUACGCCACGCAGCCGUUUGAUUCCGUGAAAACCGUCGCGCAGAGCGCCAAUGGAGCGUCGACUGGGGAUGCAUUCCGUCAGAUCCUCAGGGAUCGAGGACUUCAGGGUUUUUGGAGCGGCAGCACCAUGCGGCUGGGUCGCUUGAUAUUAAGCGGCGGUAUUGUUUUCUCGGUUUAUGAGCAGGUUGUCGGGGCUCUUACCGCCAUUCGAAAUGUGUAG